UUUUUUUUGUAAGCUAUUUACUUUUUUGUAUGUAAAUGAAAUUUUCCCUUAAAAAUAUUUGGGAGUAAUUGGUCGGUGUUUUACCUCAAAAAUAUAGUGGCUGUAAGUUUGACAGGUGAUCUGGUUAGUUUAUGUAACAGUUGGCCCCAUGCUGCCUUUUUUUUCUUUUUGGGUGGGUGGGUUGUUUUCAUUUUUUAUUUUUUUUGGGUUUGAGGGGUGGGUGGUGGUGGUGGUGGUGGUUGUAGGUGAUGUUUGGGGAAGGAAUAAUUGGUUACUCUUUCAGAUUUUCAGAGUAUGGACAUACUUUUUGGGCUUUUGUGCAACUUCUGAAGGAUCAGUUGAAAUGGAAGUAUAUAUUUUUUGGCUUUUGUGUUAUUCUUAAGGAUAAAUUGAAAUGUAAUUUUUUUACAAAUAAUAAAUUCCCUUACAUGGGAGAAUGGGCAGGGAAUGAACUCGUGACAAUUGAAACCAUACCUAUUGUGUGGAGAACCACCACCAAUACCACGAGAGACUAGACUGUAAGUGUAAGCCACCAUUCAUACCUUGGUGGUAAUUCAAAUGGAAGUUCAUACCCACCAUUCACUCCAUUUAUUUGAGCUUCUCUCACCAAUUUCAGAUGCUUCCAUAAGACAUGCUAAUUGGGAUGCUUCAAAAGUUCUUGACAAACUCCAUCGUGAUAUCGAGGUUCACGUGUCCUCUGUUCGUAAUGAUAAGUUAUCAGAACUGCAGGCCACUUAUGAUAAACAAAUCAGAGCUGCACUUGCUGAACCUGUAGAAUCCCUUUUUGAGGUUGGCGGGAGUGAAACAUGGGCUUCAAUAAGAAAUCUUCUAAAACGUGAGACUGAUGUGGCCAUAUCAUGCUUCUCCCCAGCUCUUUCAGGCUUUGAAUUGGAUCAGGAUGCAUUUGACAGAAUGAUGCACAAUCUGAAGGAUUACGCUAGAAGUGUUGUGGAGAAGAAAGCAAGAGAAGAAGCUGGAAAAGUUUUGAUGCGAAUGAAGGAUAGGUUUAAUACUGUGUUCAGCCAUGAUAGCGAUUCAAUCCCAAGGCUUUGGACAGGGAAGGAGAACAUUAAAUCAGUAACAAUGGAAGCCCGUUCUGAGUCUCUGAAGCUUAUGUCAAUAGUGGCUGCCAUACGGUUGGAUGGAAAGCCAGACAGAAUAGAAAGCAUACUUUUCUCUAGACUCUUGGAAGGGAAGAUUUCAAUUUCUUCUCGGAAUAGCGAUAUUGCAGAUUCUUGUGACCCCCUUGCCUCAAGUUCAUGGGAAGAGAUUUCACCAGAGCACACAUUGCUCACACCAGUGCAGUGUAAAUCUUUGUGGAGACGAUUCAUGACAGAAACAGAGUAUAUUGUUAGUCAAGCUAUUUCAGCACAGGAAGCUUACAGGCAAAGCAAUAAUUGGUUACCUCCUGCCUGGGCUAUAGUGGUUAUGAUUAUACUUGGUUUCAACGAAUUCAUGCUUCUUUUAAGAAAUCCACUCUACCUCGUCGUUCUUUUUGUUGUUUAUUUAUUGGGGAAAGCUCUGUGGAUACAGAUGGACAUUCCCGGGGAAUUCCAGAAUGGCGUUCUUGCUGGACUUAUUUCCAUCUCAUCAAGGUUCCUUCCAACUGUUAUGGAUCUUCUUCGACAUCUAGCUGCUGAAGCUCAGGGAAAUCCUGCUCCUGGAACUUCCAGGACCUCCCAACAUGUUGCUUCUCAGAGCUUUAGGAGUCUAGUAAAUAGUCCUAACCCUGUUUCGAGUUCAGUUCCCAGUUCAGCUGUUUCGUCCAACGUCUCAACUGAAACUGAUUUCGAAUACAUGAGCCCUCAGCUGACUCACAGAAGAGCUACUCAAAUGGAACAGAAAUAAUCUACUAUACAAAGCAAAUAGUGUCAUACCGUGUCCACUAGAAGAGAGAAGCUACUCUUGUAAAUGGUGCUUUUCCAUUUCCUUUUUUUUUUUUCCCUUUUAAAACUCCAGAGACCACAGUCCUAGGAAUCUAUAGUGCUUAAAGUGUAGCUUUUAAAAAUUCUGAGUGCAUUUGUUGUCUUGUUAACAUUUUUGGAAUUGAGGAUCGACAAAGUUCUACUUGUACUUAUUAAGCACAUUGCUUGAAUCAAGCUUUUAUGAAAUCUGGUUGUCAUGUCC